UCAGUAUGGUGCAGAAGGACAGAUGAACUUGUUGAUGGUCCUAAUGCAGAUUACAUGAACAACUCAGUUCUUGAUAGAUGGGAACAAAGAUUAGAAGACAUUUUCAACAACAAACCUUAUGACAUGCUUGAUGCUGCUUUAACUGAUACCAUUUGCAAGUUUCCUUUAGACAUCAAGCCGUUCAAGGACAUGAUAGACGGGAUGAGAAUGGACACAAGGAAAAGCCGAUACGCGAAUUUCCAAGAGCUGUAUAUGUACUGUUACUGUGUGGCUGGAACAGUUGGCCUAAUGAGUGUGCCAAUAAUGGGAAUUGCACCAGAAAGUUGUGUUUCAGCUCAAACUGUAUAUAAUGCAGCACUUCAUUUGGGCAUAGGGAAUCAACUUACUAACAUUCUAAGAGAUGUUGGAGAAGAGUAAGUUAUUGUAUUAUUAUCACAAUCCGAGCCUAUGACAUGUAUUGUUCGUUUUGGUCCAACAAACCUCAAGGAUUUGCUCCUGUGUGUUCCUUCUAUAGAAGCUUGUCAGUUUAGAAGUCUGUCAGUCCUCUGUCACGAGUGUCACAACUAUCUAACUAUUUUGCUAUUGAUGUGUUUCUAGUGCAUUGAGAGGAAGAGUUUAUCUGCCACAAGAUGAACUAGCACAGUUUGGAAUACGCGACGAGGACGUGUUCGCGAGGAAAGUGACAGAUCAAUGGAGAGAGUUCAUGAAGGAGCAGAUAAGAAGGGCAAGAUUUUACUUCAAUCUUGCUGAGGAGGGUGCUUCACAUCUUAACAAAGCUAGUCGUUGGCCAGUAAGUACAACUCAAGAUUAAACAAAAGUCCGCGUCUCUGUUGUUCAGACUCUAAAAAAAAUGUCAAUAAUUGCAUGUCGGAUCCUCCAAAAGUACGACAUGCAACAUUUUUAGGGUUUGAACAACUUUAGCAUGUAGGUGUUAAGUGUAUGAGACCAAGAUCCACAAACUCACACAUGAGACUCACUAAAGAGGGGAAAAACAAAACAUAGUUAUUAGUACUGUAGGUAACUCGUAAACUUCAAAUCUUGGAUUGACUACUUGUUACGAGAUCAUGAUAAGUUUUUUUUUUUUUGGUAUAUGUUGUGAUUUUGUAGGUAUGGUCAUCCUUAAUUUUGUACAUGAAGAUAUUGGAUGCAAUAGAGGAGAAUGAUUAUGAUAACUUGACAAAGAGAGCUUAUGUUGGAAGAGCAAAAAAGUUGGUCACUUUACCUGUUUCAUAUGCUAGAGCUUUAUCUUUGCCUAGUUUAGCCAUUCAAUAGACAAAAUACAAGAAAAUUGUAUAAUGUAAAAAAAAAAUAUCAUUCUAUUAAUAUAGACCUCGAGAAUCGUUCGAUCAACUCUAGGCUAAGCUUGUGAACUUCAAAGCAUACCAUGUGCAAAUUGCAAUUAUAAAGUCGACCCUGAUUUGUUCAGAACUGAGGCGUAAUUGUGGGCUACAAACCCAAAUGUGAUGAUUAAGAAAACUAGCAAGUAUGAGUUCAAAAUAUCAACCAACUUGAAUGUAACCCACUCAAGCAGAAUCAAAAAAGAGUGCAAACUGAGCAAGGUGAAAGAUGAAUUACUCAAGAAAGAACCCCAUUACAAGGUAAAAAAUAAUGUCUUGUCUCUACAGAGUUUCACACAAGAGUUAUCGUCCUUCUAUAGGGUGACAAAUUAAUCGGGGAACGAAAUGAUGGUAACAAAAAAAUUACUAUAAGGAGGAUAAGAGAAAAA